AGCGGCCCGACCCGCAGUCUGUCUCGGGCACGCUACACUAAUAUGGCCCGGCUGACCACAUUUAAAACACGAAAUUCUGUUGCCCUCGUACACGUGUGGUGUGUGCAAAACUAUUUGUACUGAACAAGAAAUACAUUGUCAUUCUUGUUUGGAGGGAUAUGACAAAUGCUAUAUAGAUGAGAAUUUAUAUUUUUAUCCUCGAACCGAAGACAGACAUAUAAUACGCAAAAGUUUAAUAGACGGUGAGGAGGUGAUCGUAACAGACACCACCCAGGUUUCAAACCAAGAUGCCAAGAGCAAUUGGCGAAAUAGUAAAAUUUUGGAAGAGGAACAGCUCAUCGAAGAAGUACAUAAACGUCCCCCGCUGUGGAAUUUCAAGCUUCCUCCUUCUGAACGAUCUAUGCAAGCCAAAAAAAAGCUGUGGGAAGAGAUAAAAACAGCGAUGAAUGAUACAAUGGACAUUGCGACUAUGAAGAAAAAAUGGAAGUCGUUGUCCGAUACUUAUAGAACGUAUAAAAAUAAGCAGCAGAAACCAAGCGGUUCAGUAGGGACCUCACAAAAGAAAUGGGUGCACUUUGAACAAAUGAAGUUUCUUAGCGAUAUGCAGCUCGAAACCGAAACUGUAACCAAUAUCGCGACAUUUCUCAGCGAAGAGUUUAAUGAUACUAUUAUGACUUUUGAUGAAUGCAGCAGCAGUGGUCGUGGAUCACGUAAUUACAAACGUAGCUGCAGUAGCAGAGAUGAUAGCGAAGAUGGUUCCAAUUUUGACCGAUUAAUUGAUGCUAUAAAUUAACCAAUUAGCGUACCACCGUUUGUGCCCCCUCCGCCACCACCCUCUGACAAAGCAGCUUUGUAUGGUAACCUUGUUGCUACUCAAUUACGAGAAAUCAAUCCUCAGGUUAUGGACGACAUAAUGCUGCAAGUGAUGCAAUUGUUUAAUAAUGCUAAGAAAAAAAAUCCUAAUUAAAUCGCCGCCAU